AUGGCAAGCUGUUUCCCCUGCUUGAGCGCCAGGAAGAAGGAGGUCCCAGGUUCUGCCCCAGCCAAUCCACACACCAGCAGCGUCCCUGGCGCCGUGGCACGAACUUUCUCCUUCGAGGAGCUCGCGGCGGCGACAAGAAACUUCAGCGAUGCCUGCCGCAUCGUUGGUCGGGAGGAUGGUCUUUACAAAGGCUUCCUCAAGAGCAUCAAUCAGGUUGUUGCUAUAAAGCUGCAGCAUGCAGUUGAUCCAAGUGGAUCAUCGGAGCAAGAUAAUGGAGAGUUUCUUGCCCUUGCGCUGAUGAUGAGCGGGCUGCGCCACCCAAAUAUUGUCAAUCUUAUUGGCUUUUGUGCGGAUGGCCAUCACCGGAUCUUGGUUCACGAAUACAUGCCAUUUGGUUCUCUAGAAGAUCACCUCCACGGUUCAUCUCCAGGCAAAGCACCGCUGGACUGGAACACGAGGAUGAACAUUGCUGCCGGUGUGGCCAGAGGGUUGGAGUAUAUGCACGACAAAGGUGUCCUCUACCGAUGCGUCAAAAGUUCGAACAUCUUGCUCGGAGAAGGCUACCACCCAAAGCUGUCACAAUAUGGACUGGCGGAGCAUGACCAGCUGUCUGCACCGGCUGCUAUCACCGGCGGGACAUGGGGUACUAUGGCCCCCGAGACCGUGAUGACCGGGAAGCUGUUUCCGGGGUCGAGUGUGUACGGCUUCGGCGUCGUGCUGCUGGAGAUGAUCACCGGGCGGAGGGCCACCGAUUCCCCCCAGGACGUCGAGGAUCGGCACCUUGUCACAUGGGCCCGAACAAUGCUGAAGGACAGGAGCCAGUUCCGCCGGAUGGCAGACCCGGCGCUGCAGGGGCGAUAUCCGUCCUUGGACUUGCAGGAGGCCCUCGAAGUUGCUUCGGUGUGCAUCCACAAAGAUCAUGCCACGAGAGCGCCCAUCGGCACCGUCGUCACGGCUCUGUCUCGCCUCGCCUACGAUGUUGAUCCACCCGAAUCAUCACACCACGCGGCGCCCAAUUAA